AUGAAUCACCAACGCCAAAGUUUAUCAUCCCUCCCUCAAGAAAACAUGCCUCUCAUCAUUGACAGCAAAAUACAUGAAAUCCAUUUCUAUGGACCUUCGCCCCUAUCGGGGAAUUUAAUUCGUCAAAGCGAAAUUCAACAUAUUUAUUUUCAUCAAACCACGUCUUCUCCGGAUGUGUUAUCACAAACGUCAACGGUUGAUGUAUCAACCCCUACUUCCCGAGGACGAUCGCAAGACUCUGAAAUUAUUAACGAGGCAGAGCCUGUUGUAUCCGGUCGUUCUUCAUCCGAGACUGAUGAAAAUUCAACUAUUGAAGAUUCAUCUAGCAAAUGUCAAAUCACACUUACCGAAAAACAUAUAAGAGGGCUAAUAUCGAGAAUGUUUGAUUGA